AUGAGCCAAAACAACCCAGAGAGACUCAACCAGCUCAUUCUAGCCUGUUAUGACACUAAGAAUAAUUCCAUGAAGAAGCAUCAGAUGCUUCAAACAAGUGGGCGAGAAUCUCCUCUCAGUUUUUCAAUGCCAUCAGUUCUUCCAAAAAGUACGAAACAAGCAAUGGAUAGAUCUAAGGUGAAAAAAGAUAGCGAAAUCAGAGAACGAACAAUAACACCCUUACCUGUAAAUAUAAACGGAAAGUAUAAUCCAAAGAUUAAUAAUCCACUUCGAGAUAAUAUUGGAUUUAAUUCUGUAAAAGUUCCUUCGGAAAAACAAGACUCUGGAUUAAAACAUUUAGGAAUAACAAACUCUUUAAUCAAGAAAUUAUGGGAAUCAGUUUUGCAAUAUGUAGAAGAGGAAUUAAUAGAGGGAAAUCCUGUAGAGAUUCCUAAUUUUUGUAUUAUUUCAUUCAACACUGAAACUCAAGAUUGUGGUAGCUACACAAAGAAACACCGUAAGCCUGUGUUUGUUCUUCUGGAUAAGUUUGAACAAAAAUAUGGAGUAUCCUCUCUUAAAGUGCCAUUGAAUGAGGGAAAAAGAAAAAUGGAUUUAGGAAGAAUAACAUCAAACCUUAAAAUAUCAAAAUCAGUUGCUAAAUCAAUUUUGGAUUCAAUAAUUAAAAAUAUUGGAGAGAAUGCAAGGGAAUCAACAAGGAAAGAAUAUACUGUGAAUCUUAGAGUAUGCAAAUUGAAAUUCAAAGGAAAGAGCUGCUUCUCUAAAUGGGAUGAAAAAUUCCUUGAAAAUGUGGAGGAUAGGCUCACAAAGACAUCUCUGUCACUUUCAUUUGAUUCUGAAAAAGUUCCAAGAGGUCAAUACGAGAAUGCCAAAAGAAAUAAGCAGAUAAUGAGGGACUUGGGAAUGUCCAAGAGAUCACCAUCCCCAAUUAUUUUGGAAAGCAAUAGAAACAGGUCCUCUAAUUUCAGUACUAUGUCUACUCAAUCAACAGUUACACUUGGACCACCAUAUGAUGUCGACAAGAUUACAUCCAUUUCAUCACUAGAUAUUAAUCCAGAGGUUUCGACUCAUAGCGCCAAAGAACUUCAAACAAGAAAGAAAAAUAUGAAAGAUUCACUUACAACUAAGGUUGGUCAAGGAAUUGCUGAUAAUUACAAUCCAGGGCAGUUUUCCUUGUUUCACAAUAGACCAACAACUCCGUUUGAGUAUGAUAAAGAGAAGGCAGAGGAUUUAAGAGAGGGGUUACAAAACUUGGACAUUGAUAAGCAUAACAGGAAAGAAGUUCAAAAAUAUGAUAACGAGAAGGAAAGAUUCUAUAAUGAUUGGGUAGUAAAGCAAGAAGAGGAAAAUGAUACAGAUUUCAAACGAGAGAGAGCAGCAAAUUACCAACAUGCUCACAAAUUUAAUAUUGACCUUUCCAAUAACAAGAAGCAACAUAAGGAUGAGCAUGUUCCUAAUAUGAAUGAAAGCUUCAAGAAAAUGCACAACUCAUUAGUUGAAUCAUUUAUUCAAGAAAAGGAAAAGAAAGAAGCAUUUGUUAAGGGUUUAAAGGAGCAACAAAGACUCCAAAAGAAAUAUGAAGAGUCUACCUCUGAUUUUGACAACUCAUUAUUUAUGAAAAAUUCCUAUAACCAUGAUUCAAAGCCCAAUUAUGCCCAACAAAGAAAAGAGAAACAAGUUGAGUUUUUUAAAUCCCUUUCAGAACAAGUUAAUCAAAGACAAGAAGAAGAGAAAAGACAAGAAACGGAAAGAAAACGAGAUAUAAACAUGUUAAUAGUUAAAGGAAAUGAUGACGAAUAUAAGAAAAGGCAAGAAGAUAAAAGAAAACAAACUAGGGAGGAGUUCAAGUCCUUUAUAUCAACUAAAGAAAAAGAAAUUAGUGAAUUAAGAGAGUUAGGAUUCGAAAGAAACAAAGAAGGAGCAAAAAAACAAGCAGAACUCAUUCAAUCAAUGAUUCAAAGUGACUUUGAUAAGAAACGUAGACAAAACGAACACCAAAAAUCUUAUCUCGACAAGCAAGUUUAUCAAAAGGAGGUAGAAACCUCAAUCAAUAGAAAGAUUGAAAACUCUUUCAUGUUUUAA